AUGCUUCUUAGAAGCAGGGAUGCGAGAUGGGGAGGCCGGGCGACCGAGGUCGUCCAGUGCCUGCAUGAGGACGUUGGGCGGGGCCCCCACGUCAAUGACACCCCACGGGCAGCAGGAGGAGGAGGCCUAAAAACGGGAGCCGGGUGGAUGGUCAGCUCGUCCUUAGAAGAUGUCUCGGCCUCGAGGAGAGAGGCGAGCGAGAAGUUGUCGAGUUCACCUGGUCCGCGAAUACGACUGAAGUCGGUGGCCAUGACGGCGUUCACGAAGGACGUCAUCUGGGCCAAGAAGGCAUCGCCCCCAUCGAUGAACCCAGUCUGUGGCCUUCGCAAUGGAGGUGGUCAAUACCUCGAGAUCGCCAGGAAGAUCCUUGACUCGGUGCUCGAUGGCAGCCCGCUCGCUAUCUACAAACACAUACACUACGCGGCCUGGGUACUAAGUGAACUACUAAAAGAUGUCCGCCCCCCCAACCACGAGCCUUAUGGCUCAAACGCCUAA